GAGGAGGAGGAGGAGGAUGUUGUGAAGGCAGGUUGUGACAGACCAAGCCACUCGUUCAUCCAGCAGGGAGGAAGGAGGAUACACAUACUUAGCAUCAUUUACUACGCUGUCAGCCGCUCACACGGAGUGGCAAGUCUUUUCAGUCAUAGUUCUAGUUUCUAAUGAGCAGCCAUAACCUCGAAGAUUAAAAACAACAGGCCGAAUCCUCACGAACACCGCUCCCUGUCGGGUGACCCACGGACGGAGCGGAGGGCACCUAACACCCAGGCCGUCUGUGACAGUUCGCAGCGGGCGUUAGCGGCUAACAGGCUAACGCAAACAGGUCUGUUUCAAAAUCACAGUAAUGACUAUCAAGGACCCAUGUUUCUACUUAAUUCCUGUGGUGAUGGAUAGACACCACUGACACAAGAGAGAACAUAUAUCCUGGAUGUCUUGGCAUACAGGAUUUGGAUAAUCCAAGAUGGAGAAAAAGAAAAUAUGUCCACGUCUUCUCGACUACUUGGUAGUGGUUGGAGCAAGACAACCAAGUAGUGACAGUGUGGCCCAGACCCCCCAACUCCUCCGUCGCUACCCCUUGGAAGACCAUCAAGACUUCCCACUUCCACCAGAUGUGGUGUUCUUCUGCCAACCAGAGGGCUGUCUGAGUAUACGCCAGCGCCGGGUCAGCCUACGUGACGACUCCUCGUUUGUUUUCACUCUGACCGACAAGGACUCAGGAAUCACCCGUUAUGGAAUCUGCGUCAACUUCUACCGAUCUUUUCAACGCGGCCAUCACCGUGCUCGAGGAGACAAGACUUGUCGCACGGAUACUGCACAGGCAGCGGAGACCACUAAAGAAGUGUCUGAUGGCAGCGGUGGAGGCGAAGCCACUGUGCUGUCAGUGCCCAACAACUGUGAGACAGCACCUGCUCCUGCCUCUGAGGAGGAAGAUGGGCAGCCAGGUGCUGAACAAAUCUCUGGCAARUCGCCACAGCAAAGACGGAGUGGUGCUAAGGUGGCAGCAAGGAACCGCAACAGCACACUGACCUCACUGUGCAUACUCAGCCAUUACCCCUUCUUCACCACUUUUAGGGAAUGCUUAUAUAUUCUCAAGAGGUUGGUGGAUUGUUGCAGUCAGAGGCUAACUCAACGAGCUGGACUCUCCCGUGCCACCCAAAGGGACACCAUGUGGCGUGUGUUCACAGGAGCGUUGUCUGUGGAGGAGAAGGGCAGCCUGCUGCUGGCUGACCUGCGGGAGAUUGAAUCAUGGGUGUACCGGUUGCUUCGAUCACCUGUACCAUUGGCAGGUCAGAGACGUGUGGAUGUGGAGGUGCUGCCCCAUGAACUCAAACGGCCGCUGACCUUCGCCUUGCCUGACAACUCUCGUUUCUCCUUGGUUGACUUCCCUCUGCACUUGCCCUUGGAGCUGCUGGGUGUGGAUGCCUGCCUUCAGGUUCUCAGCUGUGUCCUGCUAGAGCACAAGGUUAUUCUUCAAUCCCGAGACUACAAUGCUUUGUCAAUGAGUGUGAUGGCCUUUGUGGCCAUGAUCUACCCACUAGAAUACAUGUUCCCUGUUAUCCCCUUACUGCCAACAUGUAUGGCUUCUGCUGAACAGCUUCUCCUUGCUCCCACUCCCUACAUGAUAGGAGUGCCUGCCAGCUUCUUUCUCUACAAAUCGGAUUUCAAAAUGCCAGAUGAUGUUUGGCUUGUUGACCUUGACAGUAGCAAGGUUAUAGCACCUACCAAUGCAGAGAUUCUGCCACCUCUUCCAGAGCCCGAAGCAGGCGAGCUCAAGAAACAUCUAAAGCAGUGUCUGGUUAGAUUGACCGUGAUCACCCAAAAGCAGAUCUUCUCCUCUGAAAAUAAGGCCUUGGCCAGUAUGAGUUUGAACACACAACCCAUUUUGAAUCUGGAGAAGUUUCAGGAAGGUCAGGAGAUGCCUCUGCUCCCACCAGGACGAGACAAAGCUUCACCUUCAUCCACAGAGUUCAACCCUCUUAUUUACGGCAAUGAUGUGGACUCUGUAGAUGUCGCCACCAGGGUUGCCAUGGUGAGAUUCUUCAACUCUCCAAAUGUCCUCCAGGGCUUCCAGAUGCACACUCGUACGUUGCGUCUYUUUCCCCGACCAGUGGUUGCUUUUCAGUCAACAUCUUUUCUUGCCUCUCGGCCACGGCGCACUGGCUUUGCAGAUAAGCUUUCUCACACCCAGGCAGUGGAAUUUUUCGGAGAGUGGGCUCUCAAUCCCACUAACUUGGCCUUUCAGAGGAUACACAACAAUGUGUAUGAUCCAUCUUUAAUUGGAGACAAGCCCAAGUGGUAUGCCCACCAACUACAGCCAGUGGUCUACAGAGUCUAUGAUGGCAGCUCCCAKCUGGUUGAAGCUAUGGCUGGACCAUUGGAAGAUGAAGGAAAUGAGUCUGACCCCACAGACAGCGGUAGUGACAGUGAAGGAUACGAUGACUCCAGCUCAUCCUAUUCCUCACUCGGAGACCUGGUGAGUGAAAUGAUUCAAGGCGACAUCCAGGGGGACACACCGAGUUUGGAUCCUCCUACCCAUGCUGCAUUGGGAGAUGCCAGUGAGGUUGAGUUCCAGGACUUCCAGGAUUUAAGGGAGGAUCAAAACGUGGAAUGUCCACCGAUUGGGGACGGUCCUGCGGAACCCUCUGAUGGACAACCUCUUCGCUCAAGUUCAAGCACAACUGCAAGCUCAAGUCCUAGCACAAUCAUCCAGGGUGUCAACCAUGAGCAAGGGGACAUGCUUGAGAUUGAAGCCUCAGCAAGCGCUGCUUUUCAAAACCCUGUUCCUGGGCUCGGACUCAACAAUCAGCCGUUCCUCAGACCACCUGCAGACACAGAUCUGGUGGAGUCCACCAACAAAAAGCAAGAGUAUGACAACCCGUACUUUGAGCCUCAGUAUGGCUUUCCUUCCGAGGAUGACCCAGAUGCAGAAGAGCAAGUGGAAACGUACACCCCUCGGUUCAACCAGAACCUCAAUGGCAACAAGGCGCCACGACUUUUACGUCCUAGUAGCCUGAGGCUUCCAGGAGAGUCUGAUGGAGAGGGAGACUCACGCAACAGCUCGCCAAAUUCCACCAUUUCCAACAGCAGCAAUGAUGGAUUUGGUGGACUCAUGUCUUUUGCUAGCAAUCUGUACAAGAACCAUGGCACCAGUUUUAGUUUGUCCAAUCUUGCACUUCCUAACAAGGCAGCGAGGGAAAAAUCAACACCGUUCCCCAGUUUGAAAGGAGCACGGGCACCUCGAGCACUUGUAGACCAGAAGUCUUCAGUGAUUAAACACAGCCCAACAGUGAAGAGAGAGUCACCCUCACCUCAGGGACGAGUCAACAACACAAGUGAGAAUCAACAGUUCCUAAAAGAAGUGGUUCAGAGUGUUCUGGAUGGACAAGGUGUUGGUUGGCUUAACAUGAAAAAAGUGCGCCGCCUGUUGGAGAAUGAGCAGCUCCGUGUCUUCGUUCUGAGCAAGCUGAACAGAGCUGUUCAGUCCGAGGAAGAUGCCAGACAGGAGAUCAUACGUGAUGUGGAGAUAAACAGAAAGGUUUACAAAGGCAUGCUGGACAUCCUGAAGUGUACGGUUUCCAGUCUGGAGCACUCUUACACUAAUGCAGGUCUUGGSGGCAUGGCCAGUGUCUUCAGCUUACUGGAAAUAGCACGCACUCAUUAUCAAACCAAAGACCCAGAAAAACGCAAGCGAAGCCCCACAGACAGUGCUGGCAGCCCGGGGAGUAAAGAGAGUCCUUCUGGUCGUAUGGAGACCGCCAGACCCCAGGUCCUCCUGAAUAUUCCCCAGCUGCAGCUGCCUCACCACGCAACGGGCAAAGGAGCCCGCCAUUUUGAUACCCGGAGUCUGAACGAGGAGAACUUUAUUGCUUCGAUUGAAUUGUGGAGCAAGCACCAGGAUAAGCAAAAAGCUAUGGAAAAACAACAGAGGUCUGAAGGAGGAAAGCAGCAGCGCCCGCAGGCGGCUGACGCAGAGGAGAAAAAGUCACAGAUCAGUGCUGAUAGUGGCCUCAGCGUUGCAUCAGGGUCCCAGAAGAGUGACACGGAGUCUGCGACCAGCUCAGAGCCACUGGUCCUGACGAGAAGCACCAGCCAGGACUCCGAGGCCAGCACAGUGAUAAGUAACAGUUCUGGAGAGACUCUUGGAGCUGACAGCGAUCUGAGCAGCACAGCAGGAGAUGGUCUCGGAGGGAGAAUUGCUCCUCAUUUGACUCAGUCCAGAGGAACUCUGUCCGACAGUGAGAUUGAAACCAAUCCAGCCACCAGCGCAGUGUUUGGAAAGACUCAYACUCUGAAGCCUGGUACUAAAGAGCCGAUACCUGCCAUGGUCAGGGGUCCACCAUCACAACCCAUGGAGGACAUCAGUAUGAGGAUUUAUCUGUUUGAAGGCCUGCUGGGGCGAGAUAAGAGCUCCGUUUGGGAUCAGCUUGAGGAUGCGGCCAUGGAAACCUUUUCUCUAAGUAAGGAGCGCUCCACACUCUGGGACCAGGUGCAGUUCUGGGAGGACGCCUUCCUAGAUGCUGUGAUGUUGGAGCGUGAGGGGAUGGGGAUGGACCAGGGCCCCCAGGAGAUGAUUGAAAGGUACCUGUCACUGGGAGAGCAUGAUCGCAAGCGUCUGGAGGACGACGAGGACAGGCUUCUGGCUACCCUACUGCACAACUUGAUUGCAUACAUGCUCAUGAUGAAACUGAACAAAAACGACGUCAGGAAGAAAGUGAGGCGCUUGAUGGGCAAGUCUCACAUUGGCCUCACGUACAGCCAAGAGAUCAAUGAGUUACUGGACAAACUGCCCAAUAUGAGUGGCCGCGAGCUGUCUAUCAGGCCCAGUGGAAGUCGUCACAUCAAGAAACAAACAUUUGUUGUUCAUGCUGGCACAGAUACAACAGGAGACAUCUUUUUUAUGGAGGUUUGUGAUGACUGUAUAGUCCUGCGCAGCAACAUCGGUACAGUUUACGAGCGUUGGUGGUACGAGAAGCUCAUCAACAUGACUUACUGCCCUAAAACCAAGGUUCUGUGUCUUUGGAGACGCAACGGCCAGGAGACACAGCUCAACAAGUUCUAUACCAAAAAGUGUCGUGAACUUUACUACUGUGUUAAAGACAGCAUGGAAAGAGCUGCAGCAAGACAACAAAGCAUUAAGCCAGGCCCAGAGCUGGGUGGCGAGUUCCCAGUCCAGGACAUGAAGACUGGUGAAGGUGGACUGCUUCAGGUGACACUGGAAGGAAUCAACCUGAAAUUCAUGCACAGCCAGGAGCGGAAGGUUUUCAUAGAGCUGAGUCACAUUAAAAAGUGCAAUACAGUGAAGGGAGUCUUUGUCCUGGAGGAAUUUGUUCCUGAAACUAAAGAAGUGGUGAUCCACAAGUACAAGACUCCCAUGGCACAUCAGAUCUGUUACUCCGUCCUCUGUCUUUUCUCGUACGUGGCGGCGGUGAAGGGGAAGGAGGGGGAAGGAAAACCCAAGACGCUGUCGCCGAGACCCCUUCCUAGCUAGUCGACGCCCUGCGCCGCCGCCGCCCCUCCCCUCCCCUCGGUGUGCCUCUCUACUUGAAACGGCGUCUCAGACUUUUGACAAUCCCAAACUGAAAUCUCAAGCACACACUUCCUGCUCCUCCUGUGUAGAUGGAAGAUCCUUUUUGAAAUCCAGUUGUGUCGACACGUUUGCUCUGU